AAGCCAAAUAAAAAAAUUUUCUCUCGUCAGAUACAGAAAAUUCCCUCGACAAAUUUCCAUGAUCCAAAUUCAUACAUUUCGUUGGCAUUUUAUUGAACUUUUAAACCUUUAAUCCCAAAAAUAUCUCAAAACGGACUUUUGUAAUGCAUUCGCUACUGCCAUUGCUGUACCGGAGGCAGAGUUCCCGCUUGAAGGCCCUUCAGUGGUCGAUCCAUUCGAGUCAGACCUUCUUCAAGAUGAGCUUCAAGGCGCCCUCGAUGAAGGCCUCCAAGGUUUCCGCCAUCAAGGAGCUACCCAAGAAGCAAACGCCAACGCAAACGCAACCCUCGCAAUCGCAGUCUUCGGCAACGCAGCAAUCCCAACCAACUCAACCAUCGAAAAUCCAGAACAAUCCCCUGGGCCUGGACACUAUAAACUCUGGACAAUCCAAGAUUGUUACACCUAAGCCCACAGUUCAACCAAAUAUCCCAGAUCAGCGUGCCAAGUGGUUGGCCAAGGUAUCACCGGAAAUGCAGAGGAAAGCCAAACUGGCAGAGGGCAAAGGGUCUCCGCCUUCCGGUCCCCCUAAAAACCAGUUCACUCAAGGAAAUAAUCCCAGUUUCGGGAUGGCCAGUCAAAAUCCUGCUCCGAAUUUUGGUGCCCCACCCAGAACUCAACCGGCUUGGCAGCCAAAGCCUGAAAAACAGGAUGAUCAAAAUUCCGGAGCCUUCAAGGGCGCCUCCUCCGAGUCGCAACGAAAAAACUGGAUGAAUCGCAUGCAGGGAUCGCAGCAGAAGAAACAGAACCAGUGGCUCAAGGAGAUGCAGGCCAAGCAGCAGGCGGGCAAGGAUAUGCAGGCUCAGAAAAUUCAGAAAAUGGGUAUACCAAAAGCCACGGCUACGUCUACGCCUCUCCAAGAAGCGGCUCAACCAACUCCAGCAGCACCCGAGAUACCGGAAGAAAAAAGUCCCGAAAGACUGGCUUACUUAGAUGCCAUUAAGCAGCUGAAUAGCUAUCAGGUUCUGGAACCCACGUCGGGAAGAGCCACCACGAAGAGCAGUCGGGACACGCCGGAUCCGGUAAUAGAACAAACCAUGAAGUGCCUGGAAAAGACGGGUUUCACAAAAACUCAACUGGAAGCCAUACCCGUGAUACAGGUGGCUGGGUCCAAGGGACGGGGUUCAACCUGUGCCAUUGUGGAGAAUAUUCUACGGUGUCAUGGGGUGAAGACCGGGACUCUCUGCUCACCGCACCUGUUCUUGACCAGUGAGAGGAUACGGAUAGAUGGCGAACCACUGGACGAUGUUCAGUUCACGGAACUCUUUUGGAAAAUUAACACCGAGUUGACCAAAAUGAAGCCCCCGCCAUCCUAUAACAAACUGAUGACCGUAAUGGCCUUUCAUGCCUUCCAUCAAGCGGGUGUGGAGGUGGCGAUUUUGGAGGUGGGUAAUGGAGGUGCCAGUGACUCCACCAAUAUAGCCUCGCAUGCCCAGACAAUUGGGAUUACAACCUUGGGAUGGGAGCAGAGUUCGAAUUUGGGUAAUUCGCUGAGAGAUAUUGCCUGGGCCAAGGCGGCCAUCAUGAAGCCCGAGGCCAAUAUCUAUACGAAUGUCACCCAAACGGAAUGCUGCGAGGUUCUGGCCCAAAAGGCCAAACAAAUUGGUGUGCAACUGCGUCGAGUGCCCACCUUCAACGACUACAUAGAGGGUAAUAUGAACAACAAGCUGCUAAUGAACAAGGCCAACUACACUAUGCGACUGAACGGCUCUCUGGGCAUACAGCUGGCCUACGAUUUCCUGAGGCGCCACAGGCCCGAGUAUGUGGUGGGCGUGGAGGAAAAUUCCACUUUGUUGACCCCGGGGGCAACUCGUGGAAUUGAGACCUUCGAACAGGCGGGGCAAUUUGACUUUAUCCGACACGAUAUGUUCAAUGUCUACCUGGAUAGUGCCGAUACUUUCGAGUCGAUGAUGGCCUGUCGGGACUGGUUCUACACCAAGACCCGCUCGAAUCGCCAGCCAAAGAUCCUGCUCUUCAACAAAGUCAACGAGUUCAACGCCAAGGAUCUGCUGACCAUCAUUCGCAGCAAUCUGCGCUUCGAAGAGGCUUGCUUUGUCCCCAAUCCCAACUAUUUCGAGGGCGAGAUCCUGGCCGAGGACGAUGGAAAGGCGAUGGUGUGGCACGGCAUGGAGGAGCUGCAAAGGGCCAAAAGGAAUGCCGGAAACUGGAGGGCCCUCUGCGAGGAGAAUGGCAAAAGGGACAACUCGCAGCUCUCCAUAUCCAUCAACGCCUUCUUCGAGUACCUGACCAACAAAUACGGGAAACAAAAGUACGGAAUGAAGAACGAACUGGAUGUCCUGGUCACUGGCUCCCGGCAAUUGGUUGCCGCCACCAUAUCGUGUCUCAGGAAAAUGAAGUCUUCGAACCCCUGGCAAUGAAAAUAUCAGCUUAGCGAAUUUUCCAACUCGUUUUUUCACCUUAAAUUUCGUCGUGAAAGUUUCCGUUUCUUUGUUUCUUUUUAUAAAUAGAAUUUUGACGU